AUGGAAUCGUCCUGCUCGACACCGGGUUCGAGCCGGUCACGUUCAACGGUAGGGUUGCGUCUGCCACUUCAUUUACAGCAACCGUCAUCGAGUAACUCAGGCCCAGCCGUGGUCAGUCCAUCCAUUCAUAGUGUGCGCCCAGGCCAGAUGUAUGUCACCGUUCAAACGCUUACUAAGGAAAAUCUGGUCAUCGUCCAAAAGACGAAGGUACACGAUGUGCUGUGGAAGUGCGGAGAAAUUCUAGAAAUCGCUGAAGACAAGUUGUUUGGACUUGCCGUACGUCAGCCUACGGAAGGAAUAGGAGGAGAUCAACCACGACACGAGUACUUCUUCCUCGACCCUGCCCAGAAAAUCGUCAAGUACGCGCCGAAGCAGCCUCGAUUUUCACAAUGGCAUAAUCGAACCACGGAGAACCGUCCUCUGCUUGUGCUGUACUUCCGAGUUCGCGUCUACAUAGACCAAGUGCGGUUGUUGACCUGUCCGAAAGCGUUGGAGCACUACUAUCUACAAUUGAAAGACAACUUUUUCGACCAAUGGGCCAGUCGUCACAGUGUGUCAGAAGAACGAUGCUGGGAAAUGGCUGCACUUGCACUCAAAGUGGACAAGGGUGACAACCCUGGCGGAUACUUUCGGGCCGAGCAAUACUUUCCGAUAUGGGUCAUUGACGUCCGCGGCUUGGAAUACGUCCGCAAGUACAUGCCGGCAGCGACAGAAGAUUUGAAAGAGAUGAGCCGAAAGGAUGCGAUGAUGAAAUUCGCAUUUGAAGCCAGCCGAUCCCCGUUCGCGCUAAACUGUCAUCUGUACGGCCUAAGGCGACACAAGAUGGAUACGGUCGACAAUGCUGUUCUUGGCAUCAACGCUAAAGGCAUUGAGAUGUGCGACAUCGGUGAAGAUGGCGAGCGGAUACCAUUACGUGCUCUUCCUUGGAACAGAGUGACGCGGCUGUCCUUCGAUCGAAAAAAGCUCACUAUUGUAGGUGCUGAUGGCACGAAGAUGUGUCUAUACGCACAAAGCGAGAACAAAGCUAGGUAUUUGCUGGAGCUGUGCCGUGCUGUACAUCAAACAUUAUUGGUGCUUUCGCACCAGAACGGUAAGGUGGCGCCGCUGCCGCAGUUGUUCCAUGAGAAGAGCGUGGACAGGGUCUCUACGUCCUCUAACGCAACAUCAACCGCCAACGCCGACCACGACAGGGACUGUGACUCGCUGCUGCACGACUCGCUGAGCACUUCUGGUGAUCGAGCCCAUGGUUCGGUGUCCUCGAAACAACGAGUUCGUAUUAAACUCGACUCAAAUCUUGACCUCAAGAUUGAGAAAAUGGAGCUUGAACGUAUGUUGAUUAAUGGAAAACUUUUACAGGACUAUGGGUUUUCUAUUCAUUUUCAUUUGUUUCCAUUAGAAUGGAAAGAGCUGUCUCCUUUUGCAAUGAAGCUGUGGCUUUCCUUAAGGCGACCGGCAAGUGUGGAUUCGGCAUCUCAGACUAUAGAGACAUGUACGCGCGGUGCACCGGUUGACGUAAAUUUCAAUCUCAAGCCAGGCAUCAACGCUUCGGAUCUCUUCAUCCUCGAAGCCUAUGGAGUGCCUUAUAAGGUAAGAAUUAUCAGGUCCUGA